UCGGAAUAUCCAAAAUGAAUUCAGUUGUAAUUCUCUCUUUGUUCGUCUUUGGCGUUGUUGUGGCAGGUCAUGGACAUGACAAUGCUCAUUACAAAUUUGAGUACGGAGUCCAUGACCCUCACACUCAUGACCACAAAUCCCAACACGAGCAUAGACACGGUCAUGACGUCACUGGAGGAUACACCCUUAAGGAAGCCGAUGGCACCCACAGAGUUGUCAAAUACAAAUCGUCUCCCCACACCGGAUUCGAAGCUGUAGUUGAGAGAAUAGGACAUGCCCAACACCCUGCUCACUACGGACAUGGUCACGGUGGUUAUGGGCAUGGUUAUGGUGGACACGGUGGAGCUACCAGCUACGUUGGUGUUACACACUGGGCUAACCAAGGAAGCGAAGGUGGUCAUGAGGAAGAACUUUUGAGAUUAUUAGAAACAAGCGAUGAAGAAUUUAGUGACUUUCUUGAUUCAGACAGUGAAUAUUUACCAGAAUCUGAGGAUGAAAUUGAAAAUACUUUACCUACAGCACUUAUUGAGGAUACGGAAGAUACGCCUAAUCUACUCGUUGAUGUUGAUGAAAGCGAUAAAUGGAAAGAAAAUUUUGAUGGUAUGAAAAAUUUUCCUUUUUUAAAACACCAAGAGUUUAGAGUAGAAGUUUCCGAUAAUAAUCCAGUUGACUUUUUUCGGAUGCUACUUACAGAUGAAUGUUUGCAGCAAGUAUGUGAUGAGACAAACAGAUCGGUGAAAUGUUCAGCAGACCAAAGCACGCGUCUACAAAAUGUCACAACUUUUAAAUCAAACCAAAUAGGAGGACUAUAUAUAAACCGUGACAUGUCAAGAAAUAGUAUCAGUAGCAGCAGCGUUAAAAAUAAAACGACAAUGAAUUCAGUUAUUUGUAUGACCCUUUUUGUUAUCGGCGUAGUAUUUGCAGGCCAUGGACAUGAUAACGCUCAUUACAAAUUUGAGUAUGGAGUUCAUGAUCCUCAUACCCACGACCACAAAUCACAACACGAACACAGACACGGCCAUGAUGUAACUGGAGGAUACACUUUGAAAGAGGCCGAUGGAACUCACAGAGUUGUCAAAUACAAAUCUUCUCCUCACGGUGGAUUCGAAGCUGUCGUUGAAAGAGUAGGUCAUGCUCAACAUCCCGCUCACUACGGCCAUGGUCAUGGUCAUGCUCAUAGUGGACAUGGUCAUGGUCAUGGUGGACACGGUGGAGCUACCAGUUAUGUUGGAGUUACUCACUGGGCCAACCAAGGAAGCGAAGGUGGACAUGGACACGGACAUUAAAAAUUGAAUACUUGUUUUAGGUUUUCUUUUUAUUUUUGUACCAGUUGUUAUACCAAAUAAAUUAUUAUAUACAUA